CAAAUUUCACAACAAAUUCCAGAUCAAACACAAAUCUAUAUCAAUCUAAACAAGUCCUACUUCAGUAAAAAAAUAAUCAAACCUCCAAUACUUGACAUAUCAAGAAGUCAUGGUGUUCCGUUUGUUACCAAUGAUUUCCAGUGUCAAGCAAAUGCACAAACUGCAAUCCAUUGUUACAAGGAAUCAAUCAGAUGUUCCUAAAGGACAUUUUGCAGUUUAUGUAGGUGAGAAAGAGAAGAAACGAUAUGUUGUGCCCAUUACAUACCUGAAUCAUCCUUCUUUCCAGAACUUGUUACGCAAAGCAGAAGAAGAAUUUGGAUUUCAUCAUCCAACGAGUGGUCUAACAAUACCUUGCAAUGAGAAUGAUUUUGUUGAUGUGACUUCUCGACUGAAUUUAUGAAAUGAAGAGCCAUAUUGAAGUAGCAUUCUGAGCUUCAGACUAGAACUAGCUUAGAAUUUCCAGUUUUUGUUUUCAUCUUGCUAGGAAAGAGUUAAGUUGUAAACUUAUGUACAAAGCCUUCAAGAAAAGCAUAUAAAUGAAAGCUUUACCAUUAUUUAUUGUCUUUAGAAGAUGGAUAGCCAAAUUGUUUAUUUGUGAUUGUUGAAUAAAUCUGCCCACAAAGAUUGGAGCUCACAUUUAGUGUUAUAACUGAAUCUGGAUUUCAGAUUCCCAGCUUGUUACUUCAAUAUCUCAAUAACUAAACCAUCCCUUUGGGAUGAACCUGAUCAAGUAUUUUUCUCUGCUUUCCAGGGAAAGCGUACUGUUAGAAGUCAGUAGGAGAUAAUAGAUUGUAGAAAUACUGUUUAAAGUAUGAAAAUUUCUUCUUGCCACAUGCUACACAAGGAAAAGAUAUUGAAUAACAUAGAAAUUAAUUGACCACUAGAUCAAGCACUAUUAGCUUGAAACAGCAUAAUGUUAGAAAUAACCACAGUUUGGAGAAUUUUUAGUUAGAACGAAAAAGAGUCAGAAACACCAGCAUCCAAGGAUACCUUUUUAUCAAUAUAAGCAUCCAAAAAUGUUAAGAUACACAAUCCAGGCUUGAGCUGGUAAUUAAAUUAAUAGUCUUUUUUGGUAAUUAAAGAGGCAGCAGGCAGUUAAUCUCUAUCUCGUGGGCUUUCUCAUAAGCAUUUGGCACGCCAACUUGAAGUAAUGUCAAAAUGAUCUUACUUAAUCUGUAAAGAAUCUUUAUAAUCUGUCAGUAAAUCAAGAAAUUAGGGAAAUAGUGGUUGCUAAAAUCUAAAUCAUAAAUAUAUGAUUUCUUUUGGCCCAUCGCUACUAAAAUCUCCUUAUUCGGACGAGGUUACCUACUCCUACAAUACCUGCAAAGCACUUAAUCGAUUUGUACUAUUUAAGAUAUCAGUGAAUGAAACCCUAAAAAUUUACUAUUAAAUCUUACUGAUUGUAACGUCUCGAGACAAACUUACCAUCCUCAGAAUCCUAGGCAAGUACAUAUGAGGUUGCAAAUUUAUAUCUUUGUAAAUUCUUGCGCAUAUAGUAUUAAUAUUGUUAAAAAAC